GAUAUUUUUGUCGCAAUCUGUUUCCACUCUUUUCAGUUACAAAUUGCUUAUAAUUAGUAUUAAUUCGUAAUUAAAAGUUCUUUUUAACAAUGAUAAAAGCCAUUUUAGUUUUUAACAAUCAUGGAAAGCCAAGACUGUCGAAGUUCUACCAGUAUUUUAAUGAAGAUAUGCAACAGCAGAUAAUAAAAGAGACAUUUCAACUAGUGUCAAAACGCGACGACAAUGUUUGCAAUUUCUUGGAAGGUGGAAGUUUGAUCGGUGGUUCAGACUACAAACUCAUCUAUAGGCAUUAUGCAACGCUGUACUUCGUUUUCUGUGUCGACUCAUCGGAGAGUGAGCUGGGUAUUCUAGAUUUGAUACAGGUAUUCGUAGAAACUCUCGAUAAAUGCUUCGAGAACGUCUGCGAGUUGGACCUCAUAUUCCACGCUGAUGCAGCCCACCAGGUCUUAGAUGAGCUCGUGAUGGGUGGGAUGGUGCUGCAGACGAACAUGGCCGACAUACUGUGUAGAUUACAGGAGCAGAACAAGAUGCAGAAAGCUGAGGCUGGUAUUUCUGCUGCGCCGGCUCGAGCAGUCUCCGCCGUCAAAAGUAUGAACAUAUCCCAACAGUUGAGAGAUAUGAAGUUACCCGAUCUACCGCAAGCCAUCAAGGAUCUGAAGUUCUGACCUAUACAACAGGGCGCGUCGACGUACCCAUCAACGCCGGUCGCCAUAGCAACCAACAUUAUAAACUCAAUCUACCCUCAACAAAACGAGAAAUACCAAAACCUGCAAAAACCCAGGUUCUUCGGCUCGGAAACCUUAAGCGCUAAGUUCUCGGAAACCUUUUCGGAAAACUACCAACAGACAGACGGUAUAACUUUGCCAGAUUACGAGGGUAAAAGAUCUGAUGGUUAUCAGGACUUGAGCGGUGCGAACGUAGAACUUGAGUAUAGCGAAGUCAGAAACAGCAAGAAGAAGAGGAAGAGGAAGAAGGCACACAACAAAAUGGCGCUGCAAUCGUAGGGUAGUGAAGUUAGCCACAGAUUCUGAUAUUGUAUUGGUUUCAUGUGUAUAGAGAAAAUCCUUUUCCUGUACCUGUACAAACUAUUAACUCAUCUAAUGAAGCCUUUUAAAUUUGAUUCAAGCAGGAAAAAUCAGCUUAAACU